AAACAAGAGAUCCACCAUGAAACUCACCAACACCACUUUCUUCUUCUUCCUCAUCUCUCUCCUCUGUUUAUCGUUUGCUUCAUCGAACAAGCCUCAGCUUUCAAAUGGCUCAACCAUCUUGUUCACGACGAUAGGUAGACCCACCUUCGAAUUCGACAUCUUUACUCUCCCAACGAGCCAUCGCCCACCGUCACCAGCCGAUGAGCACCGUUUCACCGACGGCAAAUCUAUUAAUUUCAACGGCCAUUUCGCUUCUCCUUCUCCGGCGUUAAUCUCACUUCUACCCAAUAAAUCUCAGAUUCAACCACAAGACUUGCAUCUCAUCUACGUCACCGAGAGAGACGGAACUCCUAGCUUAAACUACGACGUCGUUCACAGCGAUACUGGAUCUAGAGUUCAGGUUCCGUUAUUUUCCGGCGAGGAACAACAGAGUGGUAUGAAUGUAAAUUCCAUGAAAGAUACGCCUGUUUUAACCAACGACUAUCUUGUCUACGUGUCGACACAUGAGAAUCCGGGGAAACCCAUGGCGAGUUGGGCCGCCGUUUACUCGACUGAAAUACGAACUAAGUCGACUCGGCGGUUAACACCACCUGGAAUCGCUGAUUUUUCACCGGCGGUGUCUCCGUCUGGGAAAUGGACCGCCGUGGCUUCGUACGGUGAGAAAGGCUGGAAAUGGAGCUUGGUAGAGAAAGAGAUUAGUUCAGACAUCUACGUUUUCCUGACUCGGGAUGGGACUCAGCGAGUCAAGGUGGUUGAGCAAGGCGGGUGGCCGAGGUGGGUCGACGACUCGACUCUGUAUUUCCACCGGAAAAGCGACGACGGUUGGAUCAGCGUGUACCGAGCGAUUUUACCCAAAACCGGACCGGUUAACACCAAAUCCGUUACGAUUCAACGAGUCACACCACCCGGUCUUCACGCUUUCACACCAGCUACGUCACCAAACAACAACAACUUCAUCGCGGUGGCUACAAGGAGGCCUGGAUCAGAAAUCCGCCACGUGGAGCUUUUCGAUUUAAAGAAGAACGAGUUCAUCGAGUUGACUCGUCUUGUAUCACCAAAGAGUCAUCAUUUUAACCCGUUUCUUUCCCCUGACUCGUCCCGAGUCGGAUACCAUAGCUGCAGAGGCGACGCAACUGGACGAAAAACUCCUCGGAAUCUCCUUCAAAGCCUCAAAACCACUUCAAACGACCUCUCUCUCUUCAGAUUCGACGGUGCGUUUCCGUCUAUCUCUCCAGAAGGUGACCGAUUCGCGUUUGUCUCUUUCACGGGCCUUUUCGUUGUGAAACCAGACGGUUCAGGUCUACGUCAAUUGCUUCCACAAAUGGGAUUUGGAACAGUUUGGGAUCCAAUUCGACAUGGAAUCGUCUACACAAGCUCAGGUCCAGCUUUAGCUCCAGGGAAGUCUCAAAUCGAUAUUCUCGCCAUUAACGUCGACGCACCAAAUCCAUCAGCCGCCGUUAAAAAACUAACGACUACCGGCGAAAACAACGCCUUUCCUUGGCCAUCACCUGACGGUAAACGGAUCGUGUUCCGUUCUUCUCGGUCCGGUACUAAAAACCUUUACAUAAUGGACGCAGAGAAAGGUGAAUCCGGUGGUUUGUUCCGGUUAACGAACGGAAACUGGAACGAUACGAUAGCUACUUGGUCUCCAGAUGGUAAUUGGAUUGUGUUUGCAUCGAACCGGGAAUUUCCCGGUACGUUGUUGAUGAAUAUAUAUGUGGUUCACCCUGAUGGGACCGGUUUAAGGAAGCUGGCGCAAAACUUGACUGGUGGGGUAUCGAUGCAUCCGAUGUUUAGUCCCGACAGUAAGAGAAUCGUGUUCACUACCAUUUAUGCUGGAAUCUCGGCGGAGCAGAUCGGUAAUCCGCAUUUUAACGUACCGAGUAGUGAGAUUUUUACGGUGAAUUUGGAUGGCUCUGGUAUGACGAGGCUAACGCAUAACUCGGUGGAAGAUGGACCACCCAUGUGGUUCCCUAAGAUCAAAGCUACUGGUGAUGUAGCGUGGCCUAAGAGGUUUGGACCUAGUUGCUCUAUCCAAGAUUUCAAGACGCAAAAUACUACCGUGAAAAUGAAAAUGAAUAAGCCCGUAACAAUGUCAUCAAUGUGUGUUGUUCCUUCACAAUGAUUUGUUAUGUAACUUAUUCUUCGAAUUAAAAACUUGUUAGAUAAUAUCUUGUUAAGUAUCCGGGUAGCCUAAGAAAUAAUAUAACUUUGAUCUUUAA